UGGGGUCGUCUGCUACCAAGUGCGUGCGUGCAACCAGCGCCGGCCUCUCUCAAAUGACCGUCUCUUCAUUGGGGCUGUUACAUUUAUUCUGUGGUGUUGCGUCCGCUGGUGUCAACCGUGCUCUCUAACGGCGCUUCAUUAUGGCAUUUUUCUCUGUUGUGGAGAAGAUUCUCAAGUUUUCUGACGCUCUUCUCAAAAAUGCCAACGGCUUUGUUCGUGUGAGCCAACCCAACCGCUGGAGCCCCGCACUUGUGGGUGACCUCCCAGAUCGGGGUGUGGUGUGGGCUGUGCCUACUCGUCGGGUCAGCCUGGAACGCCGCUUGAUGCGUCGCAUCUCGCACCCCUUCUUCCGCAUCAAGCCCAAGGACUACAUCAAGAGCUGCCACAUCUGCGGCCACUUCCAUCUGGCCCACAGCAUUUGCGGCCACUGCUAUGGCAAGGUGAAGCAGGAGACUGAGCAGCUGCGUGAUACCAUUGCCAAGGAGCUCAAGCUGGAGCCAGUGGAAGAGGAAGUGGUCAUUGCCUACCAGGGAGAAGAGAAGCAGGGAGGACGUCGGGUUAAGGUGGACCGCCCACGGCCAGCAUGGUUUAGCAAGAACCUGAUGAAGCAAUCUUCUUCGUGAUCAAAAUGCUAGAGUAGUGGAGACUCCUAGUUCAAUAAAUAUGCCUGUAUGCUUUC